CUUCACUUGGCAUAAUAAUCAUUCCCGCCCCCCCCAACACACACACAGAUGAGAUAUUUAAGGACACUCAACCAGUAAUUAGGUCUGUAAUGGAUGGAUACAAUGUAUGCAUUUUUGCUUAUGGUCAAACUGGAUCUGGAAAAACACAUACUAUGUGUGGAUCAACUAGGGACCAGGGAAUCAAUUAUCUAGCUCUCAGUGAUCUCUUUCGGCUGUCUAAUACAAGGAAGAACAUCAUGAAAUAUGAUAUUCAUGUCCAAAUGGUUGAGAUAUAUAACGAGCAAGUACGAGAUCUUCUUGCCGAAGAUUCUAAAAACACAAAAUUAGAAAUUCGAAGCUGUACUAGUGAAAAUGGCUUGAGUAUUCCUGAUGCUUCCAUGCAUUAUGUGGAAUCCACCAAUGAUGUUCUUAGCCUGAUGAAACGAGGUGAUCUCAAUCGUGUUGUCAGUUCCACUGCCAUCAACAACCAAAGUAGUCGUUCCCACAGUGUCUUGACAGUACAUGUGCACGGUAAAGAUGUAUCUGGAAGUAUUCUUCGCAGUUGCCUCCAUUUGGUGGACCUUGCAGGAAGUGAACGGGUUGAAAAGUCAGAAGUUAACGGUGAUGGCCUCAAGGAGGCACAAUACAUAAAUAAAUCUCUUUCCUGUUUGGGAGAUGUGAUCUCGGCCUUGGCUCAGAAGAGUUCUCACAUUCCUUACCGAAACAGCAAGCUUACGCUACUCCUGCAGAAUGCAUUAGGAGGACACGCGAAAACAUUGAUGUUCGCUCAUGUGAGUCCUGAAGCAGAUUCUUUUGGGGAGACAAUCAGUACUUUGAAGUUUGCUCAGAGGGUCUCGACAGUUGAACUUGGUGUAUCUCAUAUGAACAAAGAGAGCAGUGAGGUUAUGGAACUCAAGCAACAGAUUGAGAGCCUCAAGAAGGCAUUGGCUAACAAGGAAGCACGGACUGUUCAACCUACUAAACCAAAGGAGCCAAGAUCACCAUUUGAGAAACCACCGCAUGCAAUGACUGAACGUACUCCUCCACGCUCCCAAAGGUUGAGCAUUGAAAAUUCCAACAAAACGGAAAUGAAGAGAGCAAUCAAUUCUGUUGACAAAAGGGGACCUAAAAGCCCUUCUAUGCCAACUCGCUCACGGAGAUUAAGUUUAGAAGGUUCAAGAACUGUUCCCAAGGAUCCAGUGCAGAUCAAACUAUCUGAAACUGUGAGCAAUCUCCUACCAUCCGAAGCAGUGUUGGUACAGAAAUAUACCCAAUUUCAAGAUCCUGAAGCAGCCACAAAGCCAUAUGGACAUGUCAGUAAUGGUGAAUCCAUGAUCGACAUAUAUCGUCCAAGGGCUCCUCAGAGUCCAACUCUUCAACCCAAGACACCUGAGCCACCAAAACUUGUUAGAAAUGAGGUUCAUAUCAUGAUGCACGGUGAGUCUAACUUUUCUACGGAGCCUCGAACCCCUGGCUUGACUAGUAAUGCAAAUGGAAAAGGAUCUCACAUAAGGAAAUCGCUUCGGACAAUUGGGAAGCUGAUUAACGGCUCUGGGAAAAGGAAUCAACAAAAAAAAGUUGAAGCAUCCCCAGUAAAUGGCAUGCGCAAGAUUCAUGAUGCAAGGUCACCAGUUUCGUCUAAUGCAUCCCCACUGACGGGUGUCGUUCAAACAUCAGACAGGAGAUCUUCUCUUGGAGGUACAAAUGAAACUAGAAAUUCGAAGACACCGCCUCCGGUCCACAUAUCGGCCAAGGCAACGAAUCAGUGGAUGUAGAUCAUUUAGCAAUAAGCAAAAGAGGAUAAUAGUGGUGUGGUGCUUCGGCUUGAAGCAUACUCUGCUGAGAUUUGAUUUAGGACACACUUUUUAAUUCAGAGUAGCCAUGACUUCUGUUUACAACAAACCAUUUGUUGACAUUUUGCCAGAUUAAUAAUUCAUUCAUAUGAUUUCAGCUU